AUGGAAGAUUUCAGAUCCAAAUCGGUUGCAAAUGGAAGGAUGCAGAUGGAGAGCUACGGUGGUGGUGGUGGUGGGGUGGGACCCACUACAUCUGGGUUCAACAGUAUGCAAGAUCUCAGGUGCUACAGUGCUUCAUACGCAACCUCGGCGCAAACAAACCAAACCCAGGUCGGAAAUGAUGCCAAGUUCAAGAAGGGAAAGUACACAAAUGGGUCGAUCUCGAAUAGCUGGAGUUUCAAUGAUCCGGAGUUGCAGAGGAAGAGGAGGGUCGCUAGCUAUAAGGUAUAUACGGUGGAAGGGAAGGUCAAAGGGUCGCUGAGAAAGACCUUUAGGUGGCUUAAGGACAGGUAUGAGGUUUUAUGGAUUCCAAAUGUUGGGACUUUUGCCUUUUUCGGUUGGAUGUAG